AUCUUCAUCUUCUUUCUUCUUCAACUCUUCUUAUUCUUCACUUGUUGUAUUCUAUUUUUACGCAACAACAACAAAAGCGUUAUCAUUUCUAUUUCACACACUGGAAACAAUCAGGAUUAAUUUUAUUUGCUCUGUUGUGGCCUGGAGUAGGAGGCGAAUCUGAUUUUGAAGUAGUGAUUAAGUUAUCGUAGUAAAGCUGGCGGCGACGGUCAGUCGGCGGUUUUCCGCCGGCAGCAAUGGCAGCACACAUCUGGAAAGAAAUGGGAAUGGAACACCUGACAGAGAACCUUCAACUCCACACUCCCUAUUAAGAAUGGGCUCGAGGGAGCGUAGCAGCAUGGAGGAUCCAGAUGGCACAUUAUCGAGUGUUGCCCAAUGCAUAGAGCAGUUAAGACAGAAAUCAUCGUCUUCACAAGAAAAAGAGUUUAAUUUAAGGCAAUUACUUGACCUGAUCAAUACACGAGAAGGUGCAUUCAGUGCAGUCACUUCACAUUCUCAAGCAGUUCCAGUACUAGUCUCUCUCCUACGGUCAGGGUCACUUGGUGUAAAAAUGCAAGCAGCUACAGUUUUGGGCUCCUUGUGCAAGGAAAACGAACUACGCGUCAAAGUAUUACUCGGAGGUUGUAUUCCACCACUUCUUGCUCUUCUAAAGUCAACUUCAACAGAAGGUCAAAUCACUGCUGCAAAGACCAUUUAUGCUGUUUCUGAAGGUGAUGCCAAGGAUCAUGUCGGGUCCAAAAUUUUUGCCACUGAAGGUGUUGUGCCCGUGCUCUGGGAGCAACUCGAAAAGGGUCAUGAGGCUGGACACGUGGUCAAUGAUUUGCUUACUGGUGCUUUACGUAACCUCUGUAGCACCACUGAGGGAUUUUGGUCAGCAACAGCUCAAUCUCACGGUGAAGAUAUAUUAAUGAAGCUACUCAUGUUUGACCAGUCAAAUACCCAAGCAAAUGUAUGUUUUUUGCUGGCAUCCAUGAUAAUGGAGGAUGCAUCUGUAUGCUUAAAGAUAUCAACUUCUGUGACUACGAAACAACUUCUUAAGCUGCUGGGACCCGGUUAUGAACCUCCAGUUAGAGCACAAGCUGCAGCUGCUUUGAAGUCUCUUUCGGCUCAGAGCAAACAAGCAAGAAAGGAUAUAGCGAGUGCUAAUGGCAUUCCUUCUUUAAUUAAUGCUACAAUAGCUCCAUCAAAAGAAUUUAUGCAAGGUGAAGAUGCACAAGCCUUGCAGGAAAAUGCGAUGUGUGCGCUUGCAAACAUUUCUGGUGGAUUGUGCCAUGUCAUCACGAGUCUUGGUCAAAGUCUUGACUCAUGCACAUCACCUGCACAGGUGGCGGAUACAUUAGGAGCUUUGGCUUCUGCGCUUAUGAUAUAUGACAGUAAUGCAGAAAGUACACGAGCUUCAGAUCCAUUUGAUAUCGAGCUGACAUUAGUAAAACAGUUCAAGCCUCGUCUACCCUUUUUAGUCCAAGAACGCACCAUAGAAGCUCUUGCCAGUUUGUAUGGGAAUGCAAUUUUUGCAAGCAAACUUGCAAAUUCUGAUUCGAAACAUCUGUUGGUUGGAUUGAUCACAAUGGCAACCAAUGAAGUUCAGGAUGAGCUGAUAAAAUCGCUGCUUAUACUCUGCAACAAUAAGGGUACUUUAUGGCAUGCUCUUCAGGGUCGCGAGGGUGUUCAGAUGUUGAUUUCUCUUCUUGGACUUUCAUCAGAGCAGCAGCAGGAAUGUGCGGUUGCAUUGUUGUGCCUUUUGUCCAAGGAAAGUGAUGACAGCAAGUGGGCCAUCACUGCUGCAGGUGGCAUACCACCUCUUGUUCAAAUUUUAGAAACUGGGUCUGCAAAAGCAAGAGAAGAUUCUGCAACAAUUUUGGGCAACCUCUGUAAUCACAGUGAAGAUAUACGCAAUUGUGUUGAAAGUGCUGACGCUGUACCUGCUUUGCUGUGGUUGCUGAAGAAUGGAAGCUCUAAUGGGAAGGAGAUUGCUGCAAAGACAUUGAACCAUUUGAUUCAGAGAUCAGAUACAGCAACUAUAAGUCAACUUACUGCAUUAUUGACCAGUGAUCUUCCAGAGUCAAAGGUUCAUGUUUUGGAUGCAUUAAAAAGUUUGCUUUCAAUCGCCCCACUUUCUGAUUUACUGCGUGAAGGCAGUGCUUCUAAUGAUGCAAUCGAAACAAUGAUCAAGAUUUUAGCAUCUACAAAUGAAGAAACCCGUGCUAGUUCCGCAAUGGCUCUUGCUAGAAUCUUCAAUCUCCGAAAGGACUUGCGUGAGAGCAGCAUUGCCUUUACAACUCUUAGUUCUGUCACGAAACUUUUGAAGUCAGAAUCUGAGAACAUUUUGGCCGAGUGCUGUGGCUGCCUAGCUGCAAUUUUCCUGUCGAUCAGGGAGAAUCAUGAUGUGGCAGUUGUUGCCAUGGACGUGCUGCCGGCGUUGCUGACACUUGCGAGAUCUCCGGCCCUAAAAGUUGCUGAACAGGCAUUAUGCGCUUUAGCGAACCUUCUAUUGGAUAAUGAAGUUCCCGAGAAAGUUGCUCCGGAAGAAAUUAUUAUGUCAGCCACUAGGGUUCUCCGUGAAGGCAAAUCGACCGGAAGGAACCAUGCAGCAGCAGCAAUUGCUCGGCUACUUGAUUCCCGGAAAACGGAUUCUAGGUUAACUGAAUUCGUAAAUCAAACAGGGACAGUUCUUGCAUUGGUUUCCUUCAUAGAAUCCGGUAAUUGUGGAUCUAUUGCUACACCAGAGGCACUAGACGCACUCGCUAUUUUGUCGAGAUUAAAAGGAUCACCGGGGCAUGUUAAACCUGCAUGGCAAGUGCUUGUCGAAAAUCCCGAUAGCAUAAUUCCGAUUGUUUCAUUCAUUAGGGGUGCAACUGCUCUAUUACAGGAUAAGGCAAUAGAAAUAUUGUCAAGGCUUUGCCAUGAUCAAUGUGCAGUUCUUGGAAAUGCGAUUACGGGAUCUUAUGGUUGCACAUCGUCCAUUGCAAGAAGAAUAAUCGAUUCAUCAAAUGCAACCGUAAAGAUUGGUGGAACCGCACUACUUGUAUGUGCCACAAAAGCAAAUAUCCAGAAAGUGGUAGAGGAUCUCCACGAGGCAAAUAUGCAUUCCAGUAUAAUUCGAUAUCUUGUUUUAAUGGUGAGCUCUACAAUUUACUCUAAUUCGGAAGACAUGGCUGCUAUAAGUAUUUUCAGAUGUUCUAAAGAUGAGAAACGCACCAGUACAUCAGUUAUAAAUGGUGCUGGUAUCUCUUUAUGGCUGCUUUCGGCAUUUGCUAAUCAUGAUGAAAAAUAUAAAAUUGAGAUUACAGAGGCAGGAGCUGUUGAAAUCCUUACAGGAAGAAUCUCAAGUGCAUUGCCAUACAAUCAGUUGGAUGCUGAUGAGGAUAGCAGCAUAUGGAUAUGCACACUACUAUUAGCAAUCCUGUUUCAAGAUCGAGACAUUAUACGCACUAGUCCAACAACGAAAGCCAUGCCAGCCCUUGCUAGUUUAUUGAGGUCAGAGAAUCCAGCCGAUAGAUAUUUUGCAGCACAAGCUACAGCUAGUCUAGUCUGCAAUGGAAGCAGGGGAACUCUUCUAUCUGUUGCGAAUUCUGGGGCUGCAGGUGGACUCAUUUCCAUGCUCGGGAGUGCCAAUGGUGACAUACACGAUCUUUUACAGCUGUCAGAAGAGUUCUCUUUGGUUCCUUAUCCAGAUCAAGUUGCUCUUGAGCGAUUGUUUAGGGUUGAUGACAUCAGGGUCGGUGCUACUUCUAGAAAGUCAAUACCGGCUCUUGUUGAUCUUCUGAAGCCAAUCCCUGAUCGGCCUGGUGCACCGUUCCUUGCUCUUGGACUUCUGAUACAGCUUUCGGUAGAUAGCUCGUCAAAUAAGAUCGCGAUGGUUGAGUGCGGGGCUUUGGAAGCAUUAACGAAGUAUCUUUCACUUGGCCCACAAGAUGCCACCGAGGAAGCUGCGACUGAUCUAUUGGGCAUCCUAUUCAGCACUGCUGAAAUCCGGAAGCAUGACUCAGCAUUUGGUGCUGUCAGCCAGCUAGUAGCUGUCUUACGUUUGGGUGGAAGGCGUGCACGUUUUAGUGCUGCUAAAGCCCUUGAGAAUCUAUUUUCUGCUGAUCACAUUAAAAAUGCAGAAUCUUCUCGGCAGGCUGUACAACCAUUGGUAGAAGUUUUAAACACAGGGUUGGAAAAGGAGCAGCAUGCUGCUAUUGCUGCAUUAGUUAGACUACUAAGUGGAAAUCCUUCUAGAGGACUUACUGCGACAGAUGUUGAGUUGAAUGCAGUAGAUGUUCUUUGUAGAAUUCUUUUAUCAAAUUGUUCAAUGGCGUUAAAAGGGGAUGCUGCCGAGUUAUGUUGCGUAUUAUUUGAAAACACAAGAAUCAGAUGUACCGUUACUGCUGGUCGCUGUAUUGAGCCCUUACUUUUACUUCUUGUAUCCGAGUUCAGUCCAGCUCAACAUUCGGUUGUGCGUGCACUAGAUCGACUUUUAGAUGAUGAAAAUCUGGCCGAACUAGUUGCUGCACGUGGUGCAGUAGUUCCACUUGUUGGCCUUCUUGAGGGCAGGAACUACGUGCUUCAUGAGGCAAGUUCUCGAGCCCUUGUUAAGCUAGGAAAAGAUAGACCUUCUGUAAAGAUGGAAAUGGUGAAAGCUGGAGUCGUUGAGAGUAUACUUGAUAUCCUAAGAGAAGCGCCCGAUUUUUUAUGUGCUGCUUUUGCAGAACUGCUUAGGAUAUUGACCAACAAUGCCACGAUAGCCAAGGAUCAAUCUGCAUUGAGAGUUAUUGAACCCAUUUUUUUGUUGUUAAAAAGGCCAGAGCUUGGACCGGAUGGUCAGCAUAGUGCCUUGCGUGUUCUAGUAAAUAUAUUGGAGGAUCAACAGGGUUGGCGUGAUUAUAACUUGACCACUCACCAAACCAUUGAACCACUUAUUGUUUUGCUAGAUUCUCCUGCUACAGCGGUCCAGCAGUCAUCAGCAGAGCUUUUAUCUCAUUUGCUUUUAGAGGAACAUUAUCAGAAGGAUUCUAUCAUUCAGCAAGUAAUCGGUCCAUUAAUGCGUGUUCUUGGUUCAGGUAUUCCCAUUUUGCAGCAACGAGCUCUACAGGCUCUUGUUAGCAUGGCGUUAUCUUGGCCUAAUGAAAUUGCAAAGGAGGGUGGCGUUAGCGAACUUUCGAGAGUGAUUCUACUAGCUGAUACCACUCUUCCUAAUCCUUUGUGGGAAUCAGCUGCUACUGUGUUAUCUAGUAUUUUGCAGUUCAGCUCAGAGUUCUAUUUAGAAGUACCAAUUGCGGUUUUGGUAAGGUUGCUACGUUCAGGAUCAGAAGGUACUGUAAAUGGUGCACUGAAUGCUCUUUUAGUCCUGGAAAGUGACGAUUCCAGCAGUGCUGUAGCCAUGGCUGAAAGUGGCGCGAUCGAGGCUCUUUUAGAACUUCUCAGAUGCCAUCAGUGUGAGGGAACUGCUGCAAGGCUUCUGGAAGUUCUAUUGCACAAUGUGAAAAUCAGGGAAAGUAAAGCUAUCAAGUCAGCUAUUCUACCACUAUCCCAGUACCUUUUGGACCCACAAACUCAAGCUCAACAGGCUAGAUUAUUGGCAACUCUUGCACUCGGGGAUUUAUUCCAGAAUGAAACUUUGGCACAAUCUUCCGAUGCUGCUGCCGCCUGCCGGGCGUUGGUGAACCUACUUGAGGAUCAACCUUCAGAAGAAAUGAAAGUGGUGGCUAUGUGCGCUUUGCAGAAUCUUGUGAUGUACAGUCGGUCAAAUAAAAGAGCGGUUGCAGAAGCUGGCGGGGUUCAGGUUGUGCUGGAUUUAAUUGCUUCAAGUGAGGGUGAUACAUCAGUUCAGGCGGCUAUGUUUAUUAAACUUCUUUUCUCUAACAAUGCCGUCCAGGAGUAUGCCUCCAUUGAAACUGUCAGAUCUAUAACUGCUGCUGUUGAAAAGGACUUAUGGGCCAAUGGAACUGUGAAUGAAGGUUAUCUGAAAGCUCUAAAUGCACUUUUUGGGAACUUCCCACGUUUGAGAGCCACCGAACCUGCAACACAGAGCAUCCCACACUUAGUCACAUCCCUCAAGACUGGCCCAGAACCAACUCAAGAAGCUGCAUUAGAUGCACUAUUUCUUCUCAGGCAAGCUUGGUCUGCUUGCCCACCUGAAGUCUCUAGUGCCCAAUCAACUGCUGCUGCUGAUGCAAUACAGUUCUUGCAGCACUUAAUCCAGUCAGGUCCUCCUAGAUUUCACGAGAAGGCUGAAUUCUUGCUGCAGUGUUUGCCUGGGAUAUUAACAGUUGUGAUUAAGCGUGGCAACGAUUUGAAACAGUCUGUUGGAAACCCUAGUGUUUACUGCAAGCUUACACUUGGCAAUACCCCUUCAAGGCAAACCAAGAUUGUAUCAACUGGGCCAAAUCCCGAGUGGGAUGAGAGCUUCAUGUGGUCCUUUGAAAGUCCCCCCAAAGGCCAGAAGCUACAUAUCUCGUGCAAGAAUAAAAGCAAGAUGGGAAAAAAAUCAUUUGGAAAAGUGACCAUCCAGAUCGACCGUGUUGUCAUGAUGGGGGCAGUAGCUGGUGAAUAUGCUUUGCUGCCACAAAGCAAAAGUGGGGCCCAAAGGAAUCUCGAAAUUGAAAUUAUAUGGUCAAAUGCAGUAUCCAACUCAAGUACAUAGUCUGCUAAAAAGUCACACGCCCAAUUCUCUCUUGGUACAGAAUCAAGAAUAAUACCGAGUUUGUUGCCAUCCCUUAUAUAACAGAAGAGCACCUCACAUGUUUCUUUUCAUUUUGAAAGUUAAUUACGACAAAUAGUAUAUAAUAUAGUUAUUAUUUAGUCCAUUCUUUUGUAGAAUCGAAAGUAUAGCCACGCGAUUUACACCCAACUUUCUUGUACCCGUUUGUGUUGUUUGUCUGUAAAAUAUUUGUAGCUUUUGUACUUCGAGAUGCUGCAGCUAAUUCUUUGUCUGGUUACACAACAAUUGCCUUGUAUCUGGAACACUUGACUAGUUUCUUGUUAAAAUUAUCUAUCAAACAGUUUUUUGGGUUGUGUUCA